CGACGAUCGAUCGCCGCACAGCUCAAAAUCCACCGUGUCAACAAGAUGCUGCAGAAACUCCUGCCCGGCCACAUGAGUGGAGACGAGACGGAUGACGAAGUCAAGACUCACCCUCCCCUCUUUCGCAUGAAGAAGGUUCCAUGGCGUAGUCAACAACUUAACGAGUGGUUGUGGACACUCAGCUGCCAGCACAUCGACAACUUCAAGACGCCAGUAGGCGCUCGAGCGAGUCCAGGCAAUCCGCCCCGAUCCCGCUACCUUCCCACAAACGCCCCCGACCAGAUCGGCCCCGUUGCGAAGGGAUUGUGGCGCAACUGCUAUGAUCGAAAGUGGCUCAGGGUUUGUCAGCCGUAUGAGAUCGCCAUGCUUGAGAUCAUUGACGAAGACUUCGACUUCGCCUUGCCUCUCAGGCCCAGGACACCAUUUCCGAACUCGAUCAAUGCCAAGGCAUUGCGUAAGGCCAUGCGCUCCAAGUAG